AUGAUUGGAUGGGUUGCAGGCAGCUCUGUGGGACAAUGCGGAGUUGUUGGAGGACUUGUUGAGAGGAGAUCAAUCUUUCCAUAUCAACAGCCAGGACUCAUUGUUACUAUUGCAGCUCUGUGGGACAAUGCGGAGUUGUUGGAGGACUUGUUGGGAGGAGAUCAAUCUUUCCAUAUCAACAGCCAGGACUCAUUGUUGUUACUGUUGUUAGACAAGGCAGCUCUGUGGGACAAUGCAGAGUUGUUGGAGGACUUGUUGAGAGGAGAUCAAUCUUUCCAUAUCAACAGCCAGGACUCAUUGUUGUUACUGUUGUUAGACAAGGCAGCUCUGUGGGACAAUGCAGAGUUGUUGGAGGACUUGUUGAGAGGAGAUCAAUCUUUCCAUAUCAACAGCCAGGACUCAUUGUUGUUACUGUUGUUAGACAAGGCAGCUCUGUGGGACAAUGCAGAGUUGUUGGAGGACUUGUUGAGAGGAGAUCAAUCCGUCCACAUUAACAGCCAGGACUCAUGGGGACGCACAGCCUUACAUGCAGCAGCCACUACAGAAAACUCCCGUUGUUUGAGAGUCCUCUUGCAAGCAGGAGCUAAUCCAAACAUUCCAUGUGGACCAAGAGGUGAUAGUCGGACAGCACUGCAUGUAAGCGCAGAGCAUGGGUUUGUGGGUAACGUGAUGGUGCUGCUGGCUCACAACGCAGACAUGCUAGCACGGGACUCUACUGGUCUGACACCGCUCGACAUUGCAGAGAAGGGUGAACACGCAGAGUGUAUGCAGGUCCUCAAACAGGCAGCCGAUUCCAGAGAACAAGUGCGUCACAACUUCCACCAAUCUCUGAGAGAAGCUUGUAGUAAUGGAGACAUUGCUCUGGUGAGGUCUCUCAUCUCUCAACUGAGCUCAGAGGCUGAACUGGUGGUCAACAUGGCUCCCAAUGGCUCCAACACGCUGCUUUAUACAGCAUGUGAGCUAGGUCGCAAAGACAUAGUGAAGGCACUGUUAGAUGCUGAGGCUGAUGGUCGUAUUCACCCUGUCACUCGCUAUUCUCCUCUGUACAUCGCUUGCUUCAAGGGUCACAAGGACGUUGCUGAACUUUUACUCAAGAGGUUUCCCCAGCUUGUGCAGCUGUACACAGUAGAGAAGUGGCUGCCUAUCCAUGCAGCUUGUAUCAACAACCAUGUACAUAUCAUGGAGCUGCUACUCAAGUUCAACUAUCCACCACAGCUACUCUCCACAUACAGGGUUCGAGCUUAUCAUUCUAGUGACAUGGAGACUUCAUGGCUCAGUAUCUGGGCAGCAAUUCAAAAUGACUUCCAGCUGUUGAGGGAUGGAGAUUGGGAGUAUCAGCUGGCUUUUGACCUCAACAUGAAGGAUGUGACAGGUCAGAAUGUGCUGUACCUAGCAUGUCUCCUGGGCAACUACAAGAUGGUGGAUCUACUACUCAAGUUCAAAGUCAAGGCUUCAAGGAUCAAGGAGCAGACGACCGAUGGGGAGGGCGAAGAAGAUGAUGAAGUAGUGAGCCCGACCCGAGGCCGUCGCAUCUCCGACGGCAUCCUCGGCAUCAUGUCCCGUCUGAACCUGAGUGCUAGAGGAACUACAGAGGGCACAGAACGCCUGGUGUGUCCCUGGGACCUGGAUGCUUACUGCAGCAACGGCUCAGAGACUGCUCUGCACGUAGCGGUGCGUGGUCGCCACGGGGACAUUGCGGGACUGCUUUUAGCAGCUGGAGCCAAUCCCAACCUUGCCACACGACGACCUCUCACUGACCAGCCAAUGGUAGGCCAGCAGGUACGUUCGGGCUGUGAUGAGGCUAUGACUGCGCUUGAGCAGGCUUGUAUCAACCGUGACAUCGCCACUGUGGAUCUGCUGCUGAGACACGGAGCUAGAGACGAUGACUCCAGGGCACUCGCUGUCGUCGUCACCAACAAGGAUGAUAUCCUCACAGCCAAACUUCUGUCCAUCAAGGCCCACCCUGACCCUGAGAAUAGGAUCAACAAAAAGGCUAUGAGCGAGCAGAUCCCAGCAGCCAGUGGUCAGUUCAGUGUACAGAGUCUCACAUACAGCAACAUGUUUGCCAACACGCCUGUCAUGAUCAACUGGCAUUGUCAGCGUUGUCAACUCACCCAGAUACGACCUCAGUGGCUGGUAGAUGCAGCGCUCCAUGUCAACCCCAAGUUACGUCUGAACCCUCGCAGUCAAGAUGUGGUGUUGUAUGCCAUCACCAGGAUAGAUGUGUCCAACAACUCCCUCACUUGGCUGCCUCCUGUGGUCUUCCAGCUGCAGAGUCUCAGGUACCUGAAUCUUGCACAUAACAAGAUAGAGAAGCUGCCCAGUGACAAGGAUUCGCCACAGUGGGAUGACAACAAUAGAAAGAAGAAACUGAGACACAAUCUCAAGCUGUACUCUGCUCCUCUGUUGGAAGAGUUGUAUCUCCAGUACAACAGACUGGAGGUGUUGCCAGAUGAGGUGUUUGUGUUGCCAGGACUUGUGACUCUGGAUGUAUCCAACAACAAACUCUCCUGUUUGCCUCACAGAAUGUGGCGAGCUCCCAAACUCAAGGAGCUCAAUGCAGCGUUCAACCUCCUCAGAGAUCUACCUACUCUUCAACCAGAUGACAUGAGUGACUCGGCCAGUGUGUGCUCCAUCGAGUCAUCUCGCAGUGUAGACUCUCAGCUCAGCUCUGUGGCUGACUCUCCUCUCCCUCCUCCCACGCCCGACCAUGACAGCACUCCCAAGGAUAGAAACGUUCGAUUACUAAACCUGGUCCAACACAACUUGUGGAGUCGCAGUGUACAAGUCAUGGAGCAAAUCAGCAGUGGAGAUGAAAAUAAUCAGCAGAACUGUAGUCAUCUGUCAGCUCUCAACCUGGCACACAACCAGUUCACCUCCAUACCCAAUACACUGGCCUGCCUGGCAGUCAACCUCACUAGACUCAACCUGGCCUACAACAGUCAUCUGUCAGCUCUCAACCUGGCACACAACCAGUUCACCUCCAUACCCAAUACACUGGCCUGCCUGGCAGUCAACCUCACUAGACUCAACCUGGCCUACAACAGGUACUGA